AUGCUGAGCAUCCCGAUGCUGUCAUGCCGUCGGAUUCUGAUCCAAGAGUUAAAGAUCAAGCCACUUUUCGAAGCAAAAGUUGUGAACGGCUGGAGUAUCUGGCCCCAGGGUGAACGUGCAUACAAGGUCUUCGUUCAAAAAGCAACAUGGGACGAGGCAGAGGAAAUAUGCCAGCAGAACGACGCGCACUUGGCCUCUAUCGGGUCGGAAGAAGAAAACGAUUUCAUCUACAAAGCUCUACAACAAUUCCUGUUAACUUACCGUCGAACUCCUUGCCCAGCCCUUCUGUACCUGGAGGACAGUCGCGACAGAACUGUUUCUCGGAAGGCAGAUCAGGACAAAACUAAGCCUUCUCAAGCCAUCCGCCAUUUCAAAUUGCAACAAUCGGAAUGA